AUGGAUUUGACGGGAAUUUUGGAUCUCAGUCGAUCAGAAAAGCCUACAGCAUUAAUGAAUCGAUUGCGGAAAUUCUUGCCUGAAAUUGCAACUGCAAAUACUAAUUUGGGCAGUGCCACAGAGUGUGAUAUUGAAAUAAUUGCUGUCGAAGAUGGAAGCGAUGCCUCCUCAUCCACGGAUUCUGACAACGAAUCGGAAGCUAAGACGAACCAACUCCAUGUGGUAAUGGAUGUUACUACUGUACGGGAAGAUGCACCUAUUCGUGUGGUAAUAAGUGGUAGUGAUUCUGAUUUUGAUGAUGAGGGACAGCAAGUUUUACCGGUUGGGUUCCGGACCAAGGAACCGGUGCGGAAAAAGAGACGAAAAGGAGACAGGCAACGUCUUGUGGAAGAGGUUAGUGAAGAAUAUAUGGCUAGUAAAGAGAUCAGCAAUGACAAGGAAAUAUCGGCAGAAUCAAAAAGAAUUGAGCAAUGA